CGCCGCCGUCACUGCAGGACGUUUUGCACGGUCCCUAAAGGCGGGAAAGGGGGCGGGACGAGGGUAGACGGACGGGCUUUUCAGCCAGUCAGCGGCGGAUAGCGGGCCAAGCUCUGCGUCAGGACUUCUGGUUCCGGUGGGGCGCGGAACUUGGAGAGGCUCGCCGCGAUGCCCCUGCACAAGGUCCCGGUUGGUCUUUGGAAACAGCUCCGACUGCGGGAGGGUAUCUGCUCCCGCUUGCCCCGGCACUACCUGCGCUCGCAGGAGCCUGCGCGAACGCCCACUCCUGUGCACUACAGGCCGCAUGGGGUUAAGUUCAAGAUCAACCCCAAGAAUGGGCAGCGGGAGCGUGUGGAGGAUGUGCCCGUUCCCAUUUACUACCCGCCAGAGUCCCAGCUGGGGCUCUGGGGUGGGGAGGGCUGGGUCCUGGGUCACAGAUACACCAACAACGACAAGCUCUCCAAGAGGGUGAAGAAGGUGUGGAAACCACAGCUGUUUCAGCGCCAGCUCUACAGUGAGAUACUGGACACGAAAUUCACCGUCACAGUGACCAUGCGGACCCUGGACCUUAUUGACGAGGCUUACGGGUUCGACUUCUACAUCCUCAAGACUCCGAAGGAGGACCUGUGUUCCAAGUUCGGGAUGGACCUGAAGCGAGGGAUGCUGCUGCGGCUGGCCCGACAGGACCCCGAGCUGCACCCAGACAACCCCAAGAAGCGGGCCGCCAUCUACGAAAAGUACAAGGAGUUUGUCAUCCCAGAGGCAGAGGCUGAGUGGGUCGGCCUGACGCUAGACGAGGCUUUGGAGAAGCAGAGGCUCCUGGAGGAGCAGGACCCGACUCCUCUGUUCAAGGUCUACGUGGAGAGGCUGAUUGAGCGGCUUCAGCACCAGACACUGUCUGAGCCAGUGGUAGUGCAGAAGAGAGCCAACAAGAACUGACCGCACAGUGACCCACGCCAGACAGCCACGCGCAGCCACCCCACCCUGCGGCACCGUGGACACUGAGCCUGGGGUGGUGGCGAGGGCCGUAUUUGGGUAGUGGAUGAACUCGUUCUUGUGUGCUGACUCAGUAGCUCCCGGGGUGGGUGAGCUUUGUGGAGGCCCCAAGGGGCCUUUUGCCCCAGGAUCCUAAGAGGUCUGGGGCCGUCUUGCUGCCUCUGUGGCACCCCCUCCCCCCUGAAGUGGGGGCAGCACAAGUAAAGUCUGAGCCGGGC